CUUGGGGGUGGUGGGGGAGACUGAGCUGUAUGGCUUUUCUCUCCUGCAAUCUUUCAACCUGCGGGUAUCUCUCAGACAGACAGUCAGACAGAGAGACUGCUGGCGCCCGGAGUCUGGCUGCUGUCAAUGGGCGGCUGAGAAAGUCCAUUGCCGCUUGCAAAUGUUAUUCCGCCUGGUUUAAGGAGACCACUUCUACAGAGCUCGGGGGCAGACUGAGACUAGCUGGCUCACCCCUGCUGACAGCCAGCACGCAGUACGUGCCGAGUGGUCUCCAUUCGGACUGUGACCAUUCCGGCAGCAUUGACCCCUGCUAUCCUAGCACCAAACUCUAUUUUUUUUUAAAAUAAGGCACCAGUUUCCAGUUCAAAUCAUUCAGCUGGACCUUUGAGAAGUCGAGCUGUUCUGUGUGUGUUUGUGUGUGUGUGUGUGGUUAACCAAAAUGUGAUAUUGCAAAGAUCAAAGAUUAACUUAUAAAGUACACCUUAUCUGUGUGAAACUUUAGACCAAUUUUAUUCCGCGUUCUGUGCCCUUGUAUGGCAGGGGCUGUGGGUUCUGCUGUUUUGGGAGGAGAGAGGAAGCCUUUCAUUCAGAGAGGGUGAAGACACUGGGCGGAACUACAGCGAGUCACUCCAGUCCCUGUCACUCUGUCCGUCUCUCCCAGGCAGGCACAGCCCGGGACUGAGCGCCUCUCCGGGAAGAUGGUCACCUAUACAGUGACGGUGGCCACAGGGAGCCAGUGGUUUGCAGGCACGGAUGACUAUGUUUACCUGACCCUGCUGGGAACUGAAGGUUGCAGCGAGAAAACCCUUUUGGAUAAACCCCUCUACAAUGACUUCGAGCGAGGAGCGGUACAAUUCUUCAAAAUUAAAUCAAGUAGACUCGUAUGAUAUGACAGUGACCAAUGAUAUUGGCGAAAUCCUGUUGGUGAAGAUUGAGAAGCGUAAAUACUGGGUGCAAGAUGACUGGUAUUGUAAAUACAUCACUGUAAAAACUCCCAAUGGUGAUUACAUGGAGUUCCCAUGUUAUCGAUGGAUUACUGAUCACAAGGAAAUCGAGCUACGGGAUGGACACGGCGUGUUUGAUCCAGGCAACCACAUCAUUUGUGAAUCGAGCAAAAGAGUGGAGGUGUCCAAAGGACAUGAACCCAAGUUGAUACAAGGUAGCAAGGCCAGAGGAAAUAGUGAAUCGUGA